AUGAGUUCGUCGUUUGUUUUAUAUAGAAUUACAGUAUGUGUUUUAGUGGCAGCUAUGUUAAAGCAUUUUUCAAAUUUUUUAAGAUACUUAAUUUUAGUUGAGGGGGCAUGUGUUGGUCUUGGAGCAAUAAUAAUGUACGCUGAAAGGUACAUUCCUGCUUAUGGGUUAUUUAUGUUUCUGGUGUUGGUAGCAUGUGAAACUUCUUUGGCGCUGGGUUUAAUGGUAGGGAUUAUGCGAAAUCCGGAGUCUGGAGUUUAUUCUCUAUACUCUUAUGGGGAGUAA